CCAAGACGAUUUAAUUGCAUACUGGCAUCUGUGCUUUAUUGUUCUAGUUUUAGUGCCUUUGAGACAAAUUUAUUCGAUUGUGUUUUUAAAUAAAUUUUAUAAAUAUGAACGUUACAGCGGUUUUCGUGUGUUUGACAGUGAUAGUAAUUUUAUUCAGAUUUUUGCAUAAAAUGAAAAACAAACGAUUAUACGAAUUACUCGAGCAGUUCCCUUCGUAUCCCACGUAUCCUCUGAUUGGAAAUGCGCAUUUGCUGUUUGGCGCUUACAACGAUUUACUCUUAAAAAGCGAACAACUUUUGCAACCGCAUGAUCGUUUAGUCUUUUGGGUUGGGCCUAUUCCAUGCCUAGUUUUGAAAAAAUAUAAUGACAUACUGACGAUGCUGAAUCAAAGCCUGGAUCGUGAUUCACUUCACGUUGCGGAUGAAUGGGCGGGUAUAGGGUUAUUAACCGCUGAAUACGAAGAAUGGAAAAAAUCUAGGAAAAUGUUAGCGCCAGCUUUCAGUUCGGAUAUGCUAACGAAAUACGUGGACGUGUUUCAUGAAAAAGCAUCAAAUUUUGUCGAGAAACUAAAACCAGUUGUAGAUACUGAUGUCGAAGUUGACGUACUGGAUUAUGUGUUGAAUACGAAUUUAGACGCGAUCGUAGAAAAUACAAUGGGCAUUUCGAUGGAAAGCACUGGGAAACGUGGAGAAGAAUUUUGCACCGCAUUACUCGACGGAUUCAUAAGCGUAACAGAACGCCUUCUUUCACCUUGGCUACAUCCACACUUCAUUUACAUGCUGUACUUGAGACUGACUGGAAAAAUAGAAUCCAUUAAGCGAUUGCAAUAUUUACCUAGCAAAAUUUUGAGAGAUAACUUGAAUGACUCACACAAUCAAAAAAUUGAACCAGAUGGUGUCGAUUCAUCCAGAACUGUGAUUGAUUUACUCAUCAAGAGACGGUUAAAAGAACCUGGUUUCACUGAAACUCGCACUAGAGAUGAACUUCUCCAAAUAAUUCUCGCGGGAGUCGAAACGACAGCAUUAAACAUGAGCUAUUUGAUGCUGAUGUUGGCAAUACAUCAAGAUGUUCAACAAAAAGUAUACGAAGAGAUCACACAACUCGUCAGCGAAGAUGAAACCAUCACUGCUGUUCAAUUAUUCCAUCAGUUGAAAUAUCUAGAUCAAUGUAUCAGAGAAACAACAAGAAUGUAUAGUCCGGUAACUAUUACUGGUAGACGUACUCAUAAGGAAUGUGUAUUAAAAGAUAACACAAUAGUACCUGCAAAUAUGUUAGUAAUGGCAGUGAUCCAUUUAGCCCAUCAUGACCCUGAGCUGUACAGAAACCCGAAUAAAUGGGAUCCUGAAAAUUUCAGCGAAGAGGCAAUAGCUGAAAGGCCAAAAGGCAGUUGUCAACUGAGUUUUGGAUUUGGACCACGAUCUUGCAUAGGAGCCAGAUACGCAAUGCUGUCGGUGAAAACGCAAAUUACACAUAUCCUACGUAAUUACCAUUUAUCAACUCAUGUAAAAGAACUCACCAACGAUGAUCUAAAAAUGGACUUGAUGAUCAGAAAUAAAAUUGGCUAUCCUAUUAAAUUUACAAGCAGACAGAAAGUAAAAGUAUGAGAAUUUUACCACUAAUCCACUAGGCACCUAUUUAUGGUGAUUAAUUUACAUCGUGAUAUUAAUUUAUUCAUUUGUGAUUUUAUUAGAAUUAAGAAAAUGGUUAUUCAUAAAAAAAAUGUUAUCGUAUUUUAA